CCUGUGUCUUGCAUUAGCCUCAGCCAGAUUCCAUCCUCCUCCUCUUCCCCACCCCCUCGUGCUCGCCACCCCUUCUUCUAGAAAACCUGGCUCGGAGGACCCAGGCUCUCCCCUUGUCCUCCCCACGACUGGCUCGUCCCCCUGGAAUAAAACACGGGCGAGCCCCAAGGGCCCAGAGGGAGCCGAAGUUCAGGGCCGGCUCCGAGGUCCCGCGCUGCCAGCUCCUUUUCUUUUCCCCUUCGCUGCUCCUGCUCGCACAUCUUGGACAUGCCAGGAUUCAAAAGGAUACUUACUGUUACCAUUCUGGCUCUCUGUCUUCCGAGUCCUGGGAAUGCACAGCAACAGUGCACUAACGGCUUCGAUCUGGAUCGCUCGUCAGGACAGUGCUUAGAUAUUGACGAAUGCCGGACCAUCCCCGAGGCCUGCCGAGGAGACAUGAUGUGUGUUAACCAAAACGGCGGGUACCUGUGCAUCCCCCGAACAAACCCAGUGUACCGGGGGCCCUACUCCAACCCCUACUCCAACCCCUACUCGGGUCCGUACCCAGCAGCGGCCCCACCGCUCUCAGCUCCAAACUACCCCACGAUUUCGAGGCCUCUCAUCUGCCGCUUUGGAUACCAGAUGGAUGAAAGCAACCAGUGUGUGGAUGUGGACGAGUGUGGAACGGAUUCUCACCAGUGCAACCCGACCCAAAUUUGCAUCAACACGGAAGGAGGGUAUACCUGCUCCUGCACCGAUGGCUACUGGCUUCUGGAAGGCCAGUGCUUAGACAUUGAUGAAUGUCGCUAUGGCUACUGCCAGCAACUUUGCGCGAAUGUUCCUGGAUCCUACUCUUGCACCUGCAACCCUGGUUUUACCCUCAACGAGGAUGGAAGGUCUUGCCAAGACGUGAAUGAGUGUGCCACUGAGAACCCCUGCGUGCAAACCUGUGUCAACACCUAUGGCUCCUUCAUCUGCCGCUGUGACCCAGGAUAUGAACUUGAGGAUGAUGGUGUUCGUUGCAGUGACAUGGACGAAUGCAGCUUCUCUGAGUUCCUCUGCCAACAUGAGUGUGUGAAUCAGCCCGGCACGUACUUCUGCUCCUGUCCCCCUGGCUACAUUCUGCUGGACGACAACCGAAGCUGCCAGGAUAUCAAUGAGUGUGAGCACGGAAACCACACGUGUAACCUGCAGCAGACGUGCUACAAUUUGCAGGGGGGCUUCAAGUGCAUUGACCCCAUCCGCUGCGAGGAGCCUUAUCUUCGGAUCAGCGAUAACCGCUGCAUGUGUCCCGCUGAGAAUCCUGGCUGCAGAGACCAGCCCUUUACCAUCCUGUACCGGGAUAUGGAUGUGGUGUCAGGACGCUCGGUUCCCGCUGACAUCUUCCAAAUGCAAGCCACGACCCGCUACCCUGGGGCUUAUUACAUUUUCCAGAUCAAGUCUGGGAAUGAGGGCAGAGAAUUCUAUAUGCGGCAAACGGGUCCCAUCAGUGCCACCCUGGUGAUGACCCGCCCCAUCAAAGGGCCCCGGGACAUCCAACUGGACUUGGAAAUGAUCACAGUCAACACCGUCAUCAACUUCAGGGGCAGCUCCGUGAUCCGACUGCGGAUAUACGUGUCCCAGUACCCGUUCUGAGCCCCGGGCUGGGGGGGCCGCUGACACUGCCUCUCAGUAGCACCAAGGGACAGGAGAAGAGAAGAAACGAGAGGGAGAGUCAAGUGGGACAGAUGUUACGCUUUUCUUGCUGACCGUCUCCGAGGAGUCGGCCCCGAUGCCCUGACGCCGCCCGUAUCACGGUAGACCCAUCACUCUGAAGGACAUGCUUCCCCCAGUUCUUACGACGCAGUUAUCGGAAAGUAUUAUUGGCACGCUGACCUGAGAUCGACGGUGAUUUUCCAAGGCCUUCAGUUUCUUUCCAUAUUUUUUGAAGGAAAUAGAUGAGGCUCGCUGGGGUCUGAGUCCAUGUUCAAAGACUGUGAACAGCUUCCUGUCACCUCUUCCAAGCCUUCUUUCUGUCCCUCGCUGAUCGCUUCUUUGCUGAGGCCCCCAGAGCUCACCGGGCCCCUGGCUGUAGCUAGUUUGCUUCUUGUAUCCACAGAGAAGGCUACGGAAAGAAACCCCAGCAGGAUCUAAGGGUUUUUAAAGAGUCUAUUUCAAAAUCAUGUGUGGCAUUUUCAGCCAUCAAAGAGGUUUUCGUUGUCCUUAAAUUUGUAUAACUGUUUAAUCCCUUCCUGUGCAUUUUGAGUACUUAAAAAAAAAAAAAAGUGGUAGGAUUCCUUAAAAAGGCCUUAAGACACAUGUAAUGUUCUGACUUCCCAAACCCAGUCUCCUUUCCAUUUUACUCCGGUGUUUUCUUCGAGGACACCUUGAUCUAGUCUUAAUCUUGAUCUUGAUUUUGUCUCUAGAAUUUUUACCCAACUGGGUUGGAAAGCAGAGGUCUCUAAACUGAUUAAAUAUUUGAAGAGA